ACUAGUUUUCAUGAUGUUUGUGUCGCAGACGCGCGCAAAUCAUAAAUUUAAAUAUUCAAAAUAAGUCGGAAUUUGCGAGCGUCAUUUUCACUUGGAAAUAUUUGUAAAAUCUCUUGCAUGCAAAACCAGUAAUAAAUUCCGAAAUAUUUCAAUGGAAAGUGUCGAAAAUCGGUGAAUUACAAAGUCAAAAAUAUUUUCAACUCAAAAAGCGUAUCAGAUUUUCGAAACUAGAUCGGUUUGUUCUGUAUAUCCAAUGCACAAAUGUCAUUCGUUGUUUGUUAGAAUAGUGAACAAUGAAAAAUCUAUCAAUUGCAGUUCACAAUCAUAGAAUAAAACAAAUCAAACCAAGCGUCUUCUACAAGCUAACGGAAAAAGUGUUGAAAUUUUCCAAAAUAAUGGCACCGCCAGCGAAAAAACUCAAAACCGAGAACGGAACCAGCGCACCAGUGGCUGCUGAGCCCGCAAAAACAAUGGAAAAAACCGAUUUCGUGAGUUUAUUUAAGCAAGAUCGUAAAAAUACGGCCAAAAGUAUACUCGAUUUCAAGUUUGCCAAAUCACGGGUACGCAUUCUGAACGAUCAUUCGGAAGUGAAGGAAAAAUCCAACGGCAUUUUCUACUGGAUGUUUCGAGACCAGCGCGUUCAGGACAACUGGGCAUUUUUGUUUGCACAAAAAUUAGCACUUAAAAAUGAAGUGCCGCUACAUGUUUGUUAUUGUUUGCUACCGAAGUUUCUCGACGCAAACACACGCCAUUACAAAUUCUUGGUGAAAGGUCUGCAGGAAAUCGAAGAGGAAUGCAAUUCGUUGAACAUCUCAUUUCAUUUGUUCUACGGUGAUGGUGGUACCGAAGUGCCCAAAUUUGUUCGCGAACAUUCGAUGGGAGCAGUGGUUAUUGAUUUCUGUCCGCUUCGCAUACCGAUGCAAUGGGUGGAAAAUUUAAAGAAAGGCCUACCCGACGAUAUACCACUGAUUCAAGUUGAUGCUCACAACAUUGUUCCCGUUUGGGUGACAUCGGAUAAACAAGAAUACGCCGCUCGUACCAUUCGCAACAAAAUCGUUAGCAAGCUGAGUGACUAUCUAACCGAAUUUCCGCCAUUGGUCAAACAUCCGUACAAAAGUGAAUUGAAGGGAAUUGAAAAACCGGAUUGGGUGGAUUGCUGGAAUCACGUCAAAAUUCCAGAACUUAAAGAAAUCACAUGGGCUACACCGGGCUACAAAGGUGGUGUCAAACAGUUGGAAAUUUUCUGCUUGAAACGGUUGCGAAAUUAUGCAACCAAACGCAACGAUCCAACACUCAAUUGCCUGUCCGAUCUGUCGCCAUGGUUUCAUUUUGGUCAAAUUGCACCGCAACGCGCCAUUUUACAGGUAUCCAAGUACAAAAACUACAAAGAAGGUGUUGACGCUUUUCGCGAAGAGGCAAUCGUACGUCGCGAGCUAUCGGACAAUUUCUGCUUUUUCAACAAACAUUAUGAUUCCAUAAAGGGAUGCGCCGCGUGGGCACAGCAAACACUCAAAGAUCAUCGAAAAGAUAAACGAGAAUGGAUUUACACCGUCGAAGAGUUGGAACAGGCCAAAACACAUGAUGAUCUAUGGAAUUCAGCACAAAUUCAACUGAACAAAGAGGGUAAAAUGCACGGCUUCCUUCGGAUGUAUUGGGCGAAAAAGAUUUUGGAAUGGUCGGAAACACCAGAAGCCGCGCUUGCCGCAGCCAUUUACUUGAAUGAUUAUUACAGCAUCGAUGGAAGAGACUCCAACGGAUACGUUGGAUGCAUGUGGUCCAUUGGCGGCAUCCACGAUCAAGGCUGGGCUGAGCGUGAAAUAUUCGGGAAAAUUCGCUACAUGAACUACGCUGGCUGUAAAAGAAAGUUCGAUAUAAAUGCUUUUAUCGCUCGUUAUGGGGGAAAAGUCCACAAAAAAGCCACAAAUAAAGCAAAGUAAUACCAAGCACAUGCAUUGUAUACGGGUUGCAUACGUUUUUUUUUCAUCUGUUACCAGCAAAAUAUCUUAAAAUCUCAAGGAAACGAAAUCUCAAGUAAACGAAAUCUCAAGUCAAACAAGUACAAAUAAAGUUAGUCUAUUAAAUCGAUAUUUGCGUCAUAUUUAUUUUCAAUUUAAAACAGUUACUCAAUUUUUUUUUUACCAUUUAGAGAUGUGUGUUACCUUUGAUAUUCUAUUUUUUCUACAAAUAAAGACCAUUUUACUGACCCAAAA